AUGAAUAGCUGGUCGGUGCCAAAUCAUGCCCAGGAGCAGCCAAAUCAGUAUCCAGGCUGGUCCGUAUCUGCAAGUCCCAGAACUCAGCAGUCGCCGGGCCAUCGAGAGCAUGCUGUGCAGCCGCCUGUGUUGACAACUGCACUGAAUGGUCCACAGUACCAGGGCCUUGGUCUCGCGCAAACCCCAUUGUCGACUACUACGCUUUCAAGCCCAUUUGUUCACGGUCAAUCGCCUUACAUCCCACCGCCAGCAGUCGAGAGACCAGCUCCCCCGCCUUCGAUGGCUUCCAGAAAUGCAUAUAAUGUCCCUUAUAAUCCCCAGGAUUGGGGGCCUCCGGGCAGGUCCCAGGCACAGAGCUAUGCUCCCCCAAAUACUAUGCGUCGAACCCCACAGAGAACUGACCCAGAUGGGCCACUAUCAUCACCUCCUCCGCCAUAUUCGCCGCCUGAACAAAAUCGAACGCCUCGAAAUUUCUCUGGGCAAGGAAAUCCCAGCUUUGUGGAGACGCCUUCCCCGCCCAUUCGUAGAGAAAAUGAUUAUGAUAUGUCUCACCAGUACCAAAGACAACCAAAUCGCCCAAGGCCACUCUCAAUGGUUUAUUCGUCCGAUCCGGCUUCUCAGGGUCAACCAUUACCCCCUCCCCCUCCGCCGCAGGGACAUGCAAACAGAUCUGUCUCUCAAAGUCGGGUAGAGUACCAGGGCAUUCCCUAUGGUGACCCGACAGGAAAUUACAACGCUCCGCCUAGUCAUCGGCCGAGACCACCCCAGGCUCCACCACAGCCUGGAUUCUAUGCACAGCCUGUUAACCCAGAAACCCCAACUCGGCCGCCUGCAUCACGAAGAGCAGCAUCCGCUGGGGCCGUCGUGAGCAGUGUAGGGUCAUCGAGAGCCGCAAGUCAAUCGCGGAAUUUAUCUCCAUCAAACAACAACUGGGGACCUGGCAUGCCACUUCCACCGCCUCCUCCAGGACCUCCCCCAACUGCCAGGUCCGUCAGCGUGAGCGGCUCGUCGGAGUCUUCUAUGAGAACACCACAAGGAUCCAGCACCCAGGGGUCAGCCCGGACCUCGAGAAGAGCGCCUCCCGUCCUUGGAACAGGAUUGGGAAGUAUCCCGCCUACACCUGCUGAUUGGGUAGAUGAGGCUUUUCUCAACAACAGGCCAACAGAAGAGCUAUAUGUUGACACGACAACAGCUGCUGCACACACGGAAAGUGCAGAUCACCAUGACCCAUCUAAUCAGAGAACUCCCGGUAGUGGUGGACUGUUCCGUAGUUCAGCGGUACGCGAUCCAAGUGCCAAGGGAAUUCGCGAAAGAAGGAUCGAACGUCGCAAUCGACAAAGCCAGGUCUUUGAGCCUCCCAGUGCAGUAUCUACAAAUGGAAACCCGUGGGCGGACGCUCUGGAGCAGAUCAAGCCGUCGAACCUCAUUCUCCCGGAUCAAACCAGCAGCCCAAACCAAACCCGGCAUCCAUCGUCGGCAAAGUAUACUCCUACUCCCCGCAGCACAAGGAGCAUUGCAUCGGAGGGUCCAUGUCGAUCUCGGGCAUCUUCUGGAGGUCUGUUCUCCGACCAAUCACCCUACGGAACUCCCAAACAACAGCCAAGCUCUGCUGGCCCUUCUACUGCAUUUGCACAUACACCCCCCUUUUCCCCAGGUGGCAUGGGCUCUGCGGGAUAUCCGAAAGAAGCAAGUCAAGCAGUACCACCAAAGGCAUUGCCAACUCCGCCUCUUAAUUCUGCAAAAGAUGCCCAGCCGCGCCCCCGUGCUCCUUCACAAGGAGCUGAGAGCCGCCCGGUAUCUCACAUUCUCCAUAUCCCCAAUGAUUCUGUAUCAAUGAUGAAACCUUUGUCACCCCGUCGGACGCCCAGUCAAUCACCCCAGAUGCCCGCAUCAAUGGAGUCGAUGCUCAGACAAGACUCUUCCUUCCUCCAGGAUGCUGUCCAGAGACAUAAGGCGUUCGUGGAGAAGGAAGCUUCCGCCAUGGACGAGGACGAAGCUCUCAAGGCCUUCGCGGACUACAUUCUUGCCGAAGCCCAGAUUCGCCGCCAGCGGUAUUCAAAUGCGUGGGAUAAAUUCCCGGUUGAGGAAGUACGCAGCAGUCUCUUCGAGUUGCCAGCAAAAAAGGCAGGUCCGACUCUGCCGAAGCUGGAUAUCCCGCGGAAUCAAAAUCGACCAAAUCGACCAGAAACUGCGUGGUGGAAUAACUACCAGCCUUGUUUGUCGCCAAUUGCUAGCCUCAACAUGAGCAAUGAUGAGAUGAGCUCUCGGGGCCGUGCACCGAGUCGCUGGUGGGAGUCCAAGACCGGCUCGAGUGGCGAGGGAGAAGACAGGAAGGUCCAGCGAUCGAAGCGGGAAUCAAAGUACAUGGGACUACAACCAUUGCAGUGGGACCAGGAGCUGACACCUCAACAAAAUGUCGCCAUGAACUACGGACCUCACGAGUAUCCACCGGAGAAAGUCGGCUGGCACGACGACUCUCCGUCGAACCCGACUGGCGCUGGGUAUCGCUACCCUGGAAUUCGAAGCUUGGAUAUUUCACGAUUGAUUACUCUGCCUCCGCCUUACCCCCGGCACCACCCUGCUGUGAACAACAGUCACCCUGAACUGGUCAUGCACCGGACCACUGUGCGGUCCAUUACUGACCUCACCGAGAUCAAAACCACCAGACAUCGAUACAAGGCCGACAUGGAACAAAUGCUGCAAGAACACCAGCAGCAGGUUGCUGAGGGCCACCGCAACUUCAAGGCCAAUAUCCAAAGCCAGAUCCAGGAAGGGAGCCUCAGCUUUGCGGAGGCAGCAGAGGCAGAGGCAGCAAUGAUCGUCGAGGAGAACGAGCGGGAGAGGGCUAUGGUAAAGCGCCAGCUUGACACGUACCAAGAGACCGUGCUCAAGCCCAUGAACGCAAUACUCAUUGACAGGAUCGGCAAAGCAACAAGCUGUAUCGAUGAACUAAGUCAUCUUCUUUCCGAUGACGCCCAACGUGGCACACCAGACGAAACCCAAGAAGAAGGCGACGAGAAACCCGAGUUAUUGGAGAAGCUCACCCAACUCAAAUGGCUUUUUGAAGCCCGGGAACAGCUCCACCGAGAAUCCUUCGAUCUGAUCAGUGACCGUGACGAAAAAUACAAAAUUGUUGCAUUGCUUCCCUAUAAGCAAGGCAAAGUAGAAGACAAAUUGCGUGAAACGCAAGCUUUCUUCUCCCAAGAUGCCCUCGAACGUCGCGUGCAGUUUGAAAACGACGCUCUGACCCGCCUGGAAUCGUUCUUGGACGUCAUUGAACAGAACGUCGUGCGAGGAGUUGAGGUCCAGCUAUCUGCAUUCUGGGACAUCGCGCCCUCUCUACUAGCCCUCGUGCAACAGGUGCCGGAGAAUCUACAAGGGUUCCAGGUGAAGAUUCCUGCGGACGAGUAUGAGGAAAACCCCAGCUACCACGCGCAUCCUCUGCAAUAUCUUUAUACACUGCUUUCACACGCGGAGAAAUCCAGCUACCAGUUCAUCGAGUCUCAGACCAAUCUGCUUUGUCUUCUGCAUGAGGUGCGGUCCGCUGUCAUGCGAGCGAAUCGGAUCCUCGUGGAGGCGGAACGCAUCAAAUGUGGAGAAGCAGAGGAAGAUGUGCGUAGGGAUAUGUUACAGACCCGUGCGGAUGAAGAGUUGUCUCUUACUACUGAUCUCAAGGACAAGGUGGCUACUGUUGAGGGGCAGUGGACUGAGGCUUUGGGGAGUCAAAUUGAAGGGUUGCGGGAGCGGGUGAAGGAGCAGCUUGUGGAAGAAGAUGGAUGGGAAGACCUGGAGCAGUUGGAGGAGUAA